AGCUGCGGUCACACUAAGUCUGAAGCUCGAUUAGCCCUGACGCGCGUAACGCUUUUUUUCCCGCAUCACUUUCCUCCACUUUGGCGCUGAAAAAUCUCCACAACAAAAUAAAGGAUGCACCAAACCGAAUUUUUAACCAAAACUAAAAACUGCACCUAAGCCCGGAUAUCUGAAAUAACUAUUCAUUUACUAAUUCAAGUUUUCCAUCCAUGUAAAAAUCAAAUAAAAAAUAGUGCGCGAACUAAAAACCCGUAAAAACGAGAAUGGGCAUAGCCCAAAAUAAAACUUUUUCGUUUCUUUUUAUACCGUUAAUUUAACACAAUCAAUUAAAACCAAGCGAAAAAACAAGAUUUACUCAAAGUAAAUUGCGUUUAAACCAACUACAAUAAAUGUUAAUGUGAAAAUUGUGCAAUAAUUUAGAGAAAUUUCUAUAAGAAAUUCAUAAGUGAGUUAAGCAAAAAUUUUAUUAUUGGAAAUACAAAAGAAAAUAAAUGUUAUUCAACUUAAAGUUACAAGUUAAAACAAAAGAAUUAACCAAAAAAUAAAUAAGCAACCUAAACGCAGUAUAUACAGAUAAAUGUAUAUAUAAUAUAUAUGGAUGGCAUGUGUGUAUAUAGACGAGUUUGAGACCUCGAAAUAAGGACUUUUACAAGGACUAAGGAUUACCACACUUUGCCGCCAAGUUUUUGGUCGACUUUAAGGAAAACCCACCAAAAAUCAAGAGAAAAUAAUCUGAAACAAAAUCAAAGCGAGCAAUUUUAAAUGCCCACCUGAGCCCCGCCCCCCGGAAGCACCUGUCCCCAAAACCCGGGCAUUUUCAACCCACGCACGCAAGCGCAGGCUCCUGGGAACAACCGUGUCACCCAAAAAAACAAGAAGAAAAAAAUAACACAAAAAGAGAGUGGAGAAAUUAGAAGCUGCCAAAAUUAUUUUUGCUUUGAUUCCGCCUUUUGUUUCAAAAGCGCAGCCGAAAAUGUGGAGGAAAGCGUGCAGGUUGGUCAGGGAAACCACCUUGUGGAAAACGCGUCGUCAGGGACAAAUGGAAGCCCCAACAACGGCAGUAGCUGCAGGACCACUACCAACCAAAUCAUCGACCAGGACGAGGACACCGGCUGCACGAGGAUUAACCAUCAUCACAUGGUCGCAGGUUGCAGUUGUUGUCGCUGUUGCAGCGCUCCUGCAAUGCCACGUCAGUCAAGCCGCCAGACGAGCACCACCGGAACCGUACUAUGGUCGUUAUAUCGGAGACUUUACUAACUUUGCCCAUGGCAUCAAGGGUCAAAUCUACGCGGUGGACGAGUCGACGCUGUUCGUCAAAUCCUUUGCCUACGACGGCACUGGACCAGACGCCUUCUUCUGGGUGGGCAAGACUCCACGGCCCAGUCCCGAGGGCUAUAUCAUUCCCUAUCCGGAGGAGUACACGGGCAUGGAUCCCCCCAUUCUGCAGGCGCACAACCGAACGGACAUCAUACUGCGCUUACCCAUGGGCAAAAGGAUUAAGGACAUUCGAUGGCUGUCAGUGUGGUGCAGACGCUUCACGGUCGAUUUCGGAGAGGUGUUCAUACCACCCAACCUAGAUGUGCCCAAGCCGCGUGUGCUGCCCGAGUUCAAGCGUUUGGCCCACGGCCUCCGUUCCAGCAACAUUAGUGUGCUGGAUGCCAAGACUUUCUACAUACCCAACCUGCACUACGACGGAGCUGGACCGGAUGCCUACUUCUGGGUGGGCAAUGGCAGCGAACCGAACAUCAUGGGCAUAAAGGUUCCCAAUGAGAGUGGUUCCCUGGAACCUUUGCGUGGCUAUCAGGGCGAGGACAUUGAGAUCCAGUUGCCCGAAGGACUGACUGUCUACGACAUCGACUGGCUGGCCGUUUGGUGUGUGGAGUACAGGCAUAACUUUGGACAUGUGUAUAUACCCAGGGAUCUGGAUGUACCGCCAGCUUUGGGCCAGACCAAGAUAACGACAACCACGACACCUCGUCCGGUGUACAGCAAUUGCCGUGAGCUCCUGCCGAAUAAACUUCAGGUAAAGUGGGAGCUUCAGGGCGAUUAUCUGCAGGUGGAACUCUUUGGACGCAUCACCGAGGAUCAGUAUAUGGCAUUUGGACUCUCAGGAGCAAAUGGUCGCCCUCAGAUGGCUCAGUCGGAUGUGGUGGUGGCCUUCUAUGACACCACUACGCGUGUGUUCCGCGCCGAAGAUUACUUUAUCUCAGAUUUGUCCCAGUGCGAUGGCCAGCGAGGUGCUUGUCCUGACGAAAGGAUCGGAGGUCGCAACGACGUGAUCGUGUUGAGCGGGGAUAGAAAGAAUGGGGUCACCAGCAUUCGCUAUAAGCGUCUCCUCCAGCCCAAUGAAGCCAUCUAUGAUGCCCCGAUUCCCACUGAUCGCGAGGUCUCGGUCAUUGCCGCCAUUGGUCCUCUUAAUGCCCGGAAGGAGGCCAACGCCCACUUGCACACCGCCAGUGAUCACAACCAGGACGACAUUCGCAUCAACUUCGCAGCAAGGAACGAUCAUGCCUGCAAGAGUUCACUGUACGAUGUUAAGGACGAGAGUGGACCCAGGCCAUGGCCCACGCGCAAAAUCGAAGGUGUCAGGAAGUUCCGUGCCAGCAUUGGACCCACGGGCGGCAAACGUGGUUAUACCUCCAUUACGGGGGUGCCCUCGUGGGGCAUUGCCUGGUAUGUGAACGAUCUGCUGAUCCCUGAGAUCACUGUGGAGCGUGGCCUGACUUAUGAGUUCAUUAUUGAGGGCGGCAAUGAUCCCUCGCAACCAGCUAGAUAUCAUCCUUUCUACAUCACGGACUCGCCUGAAGGGGGACUGGGUCAGAAGAUGGGUCUGGAAGCACGUAAGCAGAAAGCCUAUGCUGGAGUGGAAUACGAUGAGGAUGGCAAUGCAAUUCCAACAGGAGGUGAGCUAAUAUUCCAGCUAUAUUUUCCCGAUAUUCGAUUAUUAUAUAUUUGGUUAGGUGGUCGUUAUUGCGAAUGGGAGCACCAGACCGUUGAUCGAUCGGCGGAGAUCGAAACUUUCGAGGAGUACAUGAAAACUUUGGUCUUUAAGUGUGAAGAAGGUGAACCUGGCUAUCUCAACUGGACAGUGCCCAUGAAUGCUCCCGAUCAGCUUUACUACCAGUGCUUUACACAUAAUAAUCUUGGCUGGAAAAUAAACGUCGUGGACAUGGGAGCCGCCGGUGGUUCAAUAGCCAGCAGUAACAAACUUAUUUUAUACGGAAUUUCGACAGUUGUUAGCCUGGUCGCGACACGCCUACUUUUCAGUGGGCAUGUACUUGCCUGAUAGUGCCAGUAAAUGGGGUUUGAAUUCUAGAUGUCUAGGCAAAAUGUUCGGCAGACCAGGUUCUGAGAUUUAAACACAUAUCCAUAUACUAACAUAUCCAUUAACCAUUACCAUAUUCUGCCCAAAACUUAUAGCCCUUCCAUCUUCCGACCUUUCGAUACGAAUUUAUAAUUUCACACACACUCUUGGACCUUGCCUGUCGAAGAUUUUGGGCCACUUGGCGACUUUCACAACCAGGCUAAUAUCAUCUGAAAAACAUAUCUUGACAAUAAUUCGUAAGAUGUAAAACUGUUGAAAUUUGUGUGUGCAUGCGUGAGUCGAGUGUUCACUGUACUAGACUACAGUGGACACACAGAAUGGGUGUUGAGGUCAUAAUAGCCGAAACUGGAUCGGUUUUUGGCAGUAGAUUUUUGUGGCUAGGCAGCGAGAACUUUUUGUACAUUUACGAGUAUGGAAUUCUACUUUUUUACAUGUAUACUUAUUAAAUUUACUUAUACAUCUACAUCUCUAGUACAGUAAAAUUGUAAUUUUUCUAGCAACUACUACAAAACCUACACACAGGCAUGUAGAUACAGAAUCAUGUUUAAUAUGCGGUUCUAUGGAAAUGUAAACCGACAAUAAUUACGCGACACAGCGACAAUAAAUACAUAAUAAUAUUAAGUGUGUGGAAAAAGCACACAUAAAAUAUUAAAAAAUGAAAAAAGAAAAACAAAGACAAUGUACAAUAAGAAAAUGUAUGGAUUUAGGAAGGGCAAAAUACCGAUGCAAUUUGUAUGACAAUAAAAUCUACAGAUUUGUGAAUUUUGAGAAAGUUUCGCAGACAAUACAAUACUUUUACACAAUUUGAAUGUACUAAGGAACUAAUGACAAAUAAGAGAACUAUGUUAUUUAAUGCUACUGACUACUGUGGUGCUUCUUGUAACGAUAUUAGAUGAAAUGUAAAUCAAACGCCGCACACGUUUAGAAUGGAAUGCAAGGAUUCCCCCCUCUGGACGGGAUCAAGUUUUUGUUAUCAGAUGGUUUUCUUGUAACUUUUUUAACUAUAUUUGCAUAAGCGAUAUGUUUAUAAAGCUAAGUAAAAGAGAGAAACACAAAACUAGGAUGUACGACAAUAAGAGGAGGACAAAUAAAUAUGCUAGAUGAGGAAUAUUUGGAGAGAUAUUGAAUAUGUAAUAUUAUAAACUGAUAAAUAUGCAUGUAUGGUAAAUCUUUUUGAUAGUUGUUCGCAUUCAUUUCGGAUAAUGGCCUGUUGUAAGCUAAAAAUAAUUCAAAAUAACGAAAAAGAAUAAUUUAAAUAAAAGAACUAACUUUUCCUAAGAGUAUAAAUGUAUAAAAAAAACAACUAUUGGACACUAAAGUUUGUUAAGUUUCUGUUGUUUUUGAA